AGUGGAUGAACGUCGUGCUGCUGCAGUCGAGCCGCUACGAGCAGUUGCGCGAGCGAUGGCAGCCUCCGACCGACGAUCCGCAGUGGCGUAACUUGGCUCUCGCCAAGGGCCUCGUCCCGUCCUUGCUCAGUCAAGCCGCCGCUCGGGCGGCGGAGCCGCUCGCCCACACCACGCGCACGCUGGUGCAGCUCGAGGUCAUCGACCACGACGUCGGGCAGACCGCGCUCUCGAACUAUCUGAAGAACUGCCUCGCCAAGUCCAAGGGCAUCUCGGGCCCGUCGUACAACCCGGCCAACGGCUCCCACACGCUACACCGGCACAUCGCCGCGGCGGUGCCCGUCGCCUCGCUCCUGAAGGUGCUCUCGGCGCUGCACCGCACGCGGGAGGAGCCCGAGGCGGCGCCUUCGUACACCGAGCUGCAGGCGAGCGCCGACGCGUCGGCGGCCGCCGCGCGGCGACAUAGGGUGAUGCGGCACGGCGGUAGAUGGCCGAGGAUGCAGACGGACCGUGGUAUGUGUGUUGUGUAUAUGCUCAUAUCCGCAUGAUCCGCUUGAGCAGCAGGCACACACGACACACACGCCAAGCGCGUGAAGUUGUCGCUCGGGUUGCCUGAACUAGAUGACAUUCCCAUAUUCAUU